CACGUCCUUUCACUUUCACCUGCAUUGUUCUUCAAAGCUCAACCGGUCGCAGAUGCAGAUACGUACUGCGUGCGUACAUAUGUACGUCCAGUACGUAGGUUAACUAACACACUUCGUGAGCUGCUUGGGAGACUUCGUCUCUUUCGGCCUCGCGGCGGCAACUUCACCGUGACUCCGUGAUGAGCCGCGACGGCGACAACAACUCCAACGUCUUUGUCCGCUUCAAGCAACACGUCGACGCCAACAUCGCCUCCGGCAUCAACACCUUGCUCGGCGCACAUUCGGCUGCUCUGCGUCACGCCACCGCCACCUCCGCUGCCACUGGCGAGCGUCCCUUGACAUCUCCGAGCGCCAUGGAGAGCCAAGAUGCCGGCCGAUGGCUCUCAACCUGGGACGUCUUGGCCCUCACGUCCUCGCCAUCCUACUCUCCCGGAGCUCUGCGCCAUCUUCCACGACCCAUCCCCAACGACCUGCCGCCGAGCCUCGACUCCUCCAUCUUCACUUUCGAAGACGCCUUUGAGGACCUCCUGGCCGUCUCGCUGGGUCUGCCUCUGCCUGACAUCACUUUCAAAUAUGUGCAGAGGCAGCGAAUCCGCCGCCUUUUACCGGCCUUCGAGCCUACGUGGUUCUUCACGGCCCGCCUGCAUGACCAGGGUCUGAUCGAGCAUCCGAUCCACAACCAUUUCACUAAAGCCCGCACCCCAGACUGGGAUUGCUUUCACCGCGAGAUCGACCUGCGCGCGGCCACGGCGUGGCGAGGCGCCACGGGUGACGGCGACGGCAAUGAGAGCACGGGGGACAUCUUAAAAAUGAUAGGACGCGCCUUCCAGCAGCUAAAACAGGCUGUCGACGAGGGCCACGCACCGUCCCAAGCGUCUCAGGACGCGCAUGAGGCAGAUGGCCUGUCUCGGCGGCGCGGCGCUGCGGGCGGCGAUGACGGCAACGAGGACUUCUUCGAACAGACAGGGCGCGCCUUCAAGCAGAUACAGCAGGCUAUCGACGAGGGCCGCGCACCGUCGGAAGCGUCUCAGGACGCGUUUGAGGAAGAUGAUGGGUCUCAGCGGCGGGAGCAACGACAUCCCGACCAUUUUGACGAGAUCUUUUUGACGAUACCGCACUCGUCUGCCCAGGGCCAAAAUUCGUGGGAGACGUUAUCUAAGGCCAUCAGGGAUCAGGUUGCCUCCCUCGAGAAGUCCAAGGAAGCGACCCUCGCCGGUAACGCGAAGCAGGUCACGACACGGGAAGCACACGUAGACAGAUUUGGCUACACCCACACCACCGUCACCCGCAAGACCCUCGACAAGGACGGCAACAAGAUUGGGAGCGUGUCAUAUGUCACCAGGGAACCUCCUAAACGGAACGCGCCCGAACAGCAGCAGCUGGAUAACCAACCCAGGAACGAGUUGGAUCAUGCUGAGAAUGCCACGGGUGAAGGUGGGAAGCCAAAAUCCGGCUGGUUCUGGAAGUGAACAAGCCUGACCUCGAGUACUUCAUCCCCACUCCGUUGACUUUCAUCGACAUCAAUAGCCGUUUCGUACUUUGUAUUAGCUCCUGAAGUCUACUGUAUUUCAAUAUAUGCUGAGCUGUGC